AUCUCAAUAAUAAAGUUGGCAAAUUCUGCGAAAGUGAUUACAUUUUCCUGUUAUCGUAGCACCGUACAUUGGAUUCUAGUUCUACCCUUAUCUGCGUACAUUUGCAACGGCACUAUGCCUUGCGAAGGGAAUCCCAACUAAAUAGUAACUUUUCCUGCUGCUAAUCGUGUCUAAAACACCCGGAACAAUCAUGAGCACCAGUCAAAGCUCGGAUCAGGAUUCCGCCCGCAAGCCGAGCCCGUUCGACAAUCUGAGCAGGGAUGAUUUGGUGAAGAAAUGCAAAGGUCUGCUGGGUAUCGCGCAAAAGGCCAAACAGGCUAAAGAUGAAUGCCAAGAAGAGAACCGGCGGCUGAAAGAGGAAUUGAGUCAUUACGAAACACAGAAAAAUGCCGACAAGGAGUGCAUCAAGGCGAUGCAGGAGGUGGCCGAUUCAUACAUGGACCAAAAGCUGCAAGCGACGAUGAAGGUGGAUGAACUACAGAAACAACUCACCAAACUGAACGUCCAGCUAGCGGACGAACGUACCGCCCAUGAAACCGGCACCCACACAAUGCGGGUGGAAAUUGAGCAGCUGAAGGAAAAACUCUCCAAACUAGCGAAAGAGUUUGAGCGCGUAAACGAGCUGCAGGAAGAAAAUUCCAAUCUAGAGAAGGAACGGAUAGCGCUGGAGCAAGAGCUGAUCAAGGUGAAAGGCAGCCAAACGGUGCUGGGCGAAUCAACGCCGAGGGAGGAGAAAUUGAUCCGGAAGCUAAAGCUGUACAAAGCCAAGGUGCAAGAAAUCAAUGCCAAGCUGCUGCUGCUCAAGUCCGAUCGCAAGAUUUUACUGAAAACGGUUAAAGAAUAUGCAGAGCAAGUGCCAAAAUGGCAGAAAGCGUUGGUGAAUGCUUCCAACGUUCUGUUCGAAAAGAUACGCGUGCUGGAGCUGGUAAAGAGUGAGCUGGAAGAAAGGCUUGGACUGCUGCGUGAGACAAAUGUUGAUUUAGUGCGACAAAUAUCGGAAUUAACUCAGCAAUUGGAGCAACGUUCGGCUGCAGCUAAUCGCGAUCAAACAGAUGGAAACGCUGAAGCACUUCAGGCAGAAAUCGAUCGUUUGAAAACGAUUCUCCAAUCGCUCGAGGAAAGCAAACGGACCGAGUUGGCUGGAUAUGAAGCUAAACUGCAAACCGACAGCGAAGAGAAGGAAAAUCUUCGAAAAGACCUUGACGCAUCUAAUCAAACGAUUCUCGAUUUGAACGCUAAGAUUCAAUCGCAACAGGACGCACUGUCAGAAAGCAAAGAAUCGCAGGCAAUAGUCAGCACACAACUCGAGCAAUACGAAAGGGAGGCGAAAAAAAUGCAACAAGAACUACAAAACCACACAAACCAGAUAGAACACUACAGGCAGCAUGAGGAAUCUCUGCAAGCCAAUGUGGAAAGCCUCAAAACUCAGCUACAACAAGCGGAAAACGAGAAAACUCGGCUUAAAGAAGAUGCUUCGCUUAGAUCUACCGAACACGACGAUAAAUCGGAAGCAAUUCAAGUGCAAUUAAAUGAAACCAGCGAAAAACUACUCUCCGUGCAACAGGAAAAAGAGCGGCUGGAAAGCCAAAUUGUCUCGCUGGAAGCGGAACUGGAAAGUCAAAGCUCGAAAUUGAGCGAAGUAAACCAGCACGUGGUGCAAAAGUUGGUGGUAGAGAAUCAAAAUCUAGAAGCCCAACUAGCGCAACUGGCGGAGAAGCUUCAGACAAGCAUUUCCAAAUCGAAGCAAACGGUGGAACGCUGCGAGCGCAUGGAAAAAGAGUCCGAGACCAGCAAGUUGGCGCUGGAAGUGCUCGAUUCCGAAAAGCAACGUUUGCUGGAGGUGGUAAAACAAGCGCGUGCCGAAAGGGAUGAUUUAAGCAAAACAUUUUCGGCCGAUUUGAAGCAGAAAGACGCUGCCAUUGUUGCGUUGGAGCGUUCUUUGGAAGAAAUUAAGGACAAAGCGCUCCAAAGCAAUGGUGAGAUGGGUAAAGAGAUGGAAGCAAAAAUUCAAUCGCUCGAAGAACAAAUCACCACGCUGAAUGCUCAUUGCGAUCGGCUAAAGGUCGAGAACGGUGAGCUGUUGUCCGAGCUGAAAGAGAUCAACGAAAUGCUAAAAGAUAGAGGAGAGGUAAUUAAUUUGCAGCUUUCGAAAAUUGCCGAACUACAGGACAAACUAUCCCGCACCGAAACGGUCGAGCUGGAGCCGUUAAAGCUACAGAUCGAUCAACUGCAAAAGUUGGUAGCCGAACGGGAGACCGAGCUCGAACGCCAACGCGACGAGCUGGCAACCGCCCUCAACCGUUCGAACGUUAGCUUCGAUGCGCAAAGUGACGUCAUGUCCACGUCGACCAUCUCACGCGUAGAGGAUGUCGCCCGGCUGCGCGAGAUUGAUGAAAGUUACGAAGAGAAAUACAUCAAGCUACGCUCGCUGGCCGUGAAACUGAAGAAGAAGGUUGCGGAACAAACGCUACUACUGGCAAAGUAUGAAAAAGAAGGCUCUGCCGGGUCGGCGACCGGAGCUACCGGCGCUGAUUCCGCACUGCAAACCGUUACGAAAAAUGUACAAACCCUACAGACGGAAAACGAUCGAUUGCAGGAUCAGCUCGACGGCAUGACAGCGGAGCUGUCCAAGCUGCGAGAAGCACUCGACCAGAAGACGAUCGAGCUGAGCACACUGGAGCAGAUGCAGAAGGAGGGCGUGGAAGGUACGGCCAAAGACCGGACCACACUGGAAACCGCCAUCCGAGAGUAUCAAACACAAAUUCAAAAUCUAAAACGCGAAAAGGAUGCGUUUCAAAUGGCGAAGAAAGAGAUCGAUGCGGAGAACCAACGGCUAAAGGCGACCUUGAAAGCGAAGGACAAAGAUCUUUCCGAUACGUUGGAACAGCAAAAAGAGCUCCGAUCCGAGCUGGAUCGAUCGAAGCUUGCGUCGAAGAAAGCAAACCUGCUUACGCUCGAAAUGGAAGCGUACGAACGUUCGCUCGCCGAACUAAACACCAAGCUGGAGGCGAAGAAAACGCUCGUGAAAGAGCUGGAAGAAACGAUCGACGCGCAGGACCGUUCGAUGAAGAGUCUCAAGCAGCAGCUGACCCUCCUGGAGGAAGGCUUAGAAUCGCAGCAAAAGCAUUCCCGCGAGCUAAAGCAGGAGGUGGACGUCCAGCAGGGCAAGUUGCGGCAAAGCGAACACCAGCGGAUGGAGCUUACCGGGCAGCUGGAAGAGCUGCGCGACGAGCACGACCGUUUGAAGCAGAAGGUGGAAAAUAGUCGCGUCGAGCUAGAGCAGCAAGCGGCCGAGAAGGAGCAAACGUGCGGUUCGCUGGAGCUGGAGAAAAAUGCGCUGCUCAAACAAAACCUCAGCCUAGAGAGCGAGCUAACCGAUGUGCGGAAGGAGAUGGCCGGCAAGCAGCAAGAGCUGGACGAUAUACGGACCGAGUUUGCCAGCUACAAAAUACGCGCCCAGUCCGUCCUGCGGCAAAAUCAGAACAAGGACAGCAGUCGGGAGAAGGAGCUGGAGGAGGAAUUAAAUCAGCUACGUCGUUCGCUUGAUGCGGUCGAAACCAAGCAGCAGGGUCUUCUGAAGCAAAUAACCGACCUGUCGCGAGGCAACGAGGAGCUUAAGCAUGAACGGGACAGGACGCAAAAUCGGUGCAAGGAGCUGCUGAACUUGCUGGAAGAAAGCCGUCUACACAAUGAGUCGUUGAUGGAGGAAUCCAGGAAGCUGAACCAGGAGCACCAGGAAGCGCUGAAAACGCAACGCAUUCAGAACGAAACGCUUGUCCAGUGUUACAAAAAGCAGCUCGAAGAACAGCAGGACGCUCACGCGCGCGAGAUGGAACAGCUGCAGCAAAGCGUACGGACCCGAGCGGAAGCCACGGCAGCGGACGCUGACGGCCGAAGCAAUCUUCUGUUGAACAAUAAUAACCUAUCGCUGCAAAGUUCGUUACUGCUGGGAGCCGGGUCCGGUGCAGCGAACCGGGCCACGUUUACCGAUGAGCAGCGCAUUAGCCUACUGCUCAUGGAACGGGAAGAUGGCGAAGGGUCGGAAAGUACUGGGCUGGGAGCGUCCGGAUCGGUGGGCACUUGGCGACGGAAGCUUUCCACGUCUUCCACGGCACGCGGACGCAACAGUCGCGAUGUGAUGCCGUUGGACGAGCUGCUGAACACUUCGUUCGAUGAUGCCAACGCGGUCGUGCUGGCGGACGGUGAAGGUGAGCACGCGCACGGUAGGGAGCCGUCGCCAACGGUUGAGCUGCAGGCUACGAAGGAGCAGCUGAGCAGGCAGGAAAGCAGGGUGCGUCAUCUGACCGCGGUGCUGGCGGAAGCGGAACAAGAUCUUGCGAAGCUAACGCAACUGAACGAGCUGCUGAAGGAGGAGGUGCGAAGGCAGCAGCGAUCCAUCGAGCGGGAGGCUCAUGUACACAAUUCGGAGUAUUUAAAAAAUGUGAUAUUCAAGUUCGUAACGCUAAGCAAUGGAGACGAGCGGUCCAGGUUGGUGCCGGUUUUAAACACGAUACUUAAGCUUAGUCCGGAGGAAACACAGAAGCUGCAGAACGUAGCCAAAGGUUCUGAUCCUGGUGCUCGCGGCUGGACGGGUUUGCUGUGGAGUUAAUAUGGAGCGCGGCAGAGUACCAUCGAAUAUGCCUUUAUGUAUCUAUAUAUUUAUAUUCAUUCCCGGUUCAAGUGGUAAAGUUUAUCCUUCCCCAUAUUUUUGCCUAGAUAGUUCCUACGCAGUGUGACCACUGCCAGUCGGUUGGAAUACAUUUGUUUCCAUCGAUCGUCCCGUCCGGAUUUUGGGUAAUUUAAAACGAAACCUUAUGCAUCCCUUUAUACAAUGCUAUGAUUCCUACAUACCACUCUUAUUCAGCGCUAUUGCACCGAUUCGUGUUCGAAAGAAUAAAUAGAGCAUGUUGUUUUUACUACUGUUACAUUAAAUUAAAAUUGUAUAAAUUUGGGUUACUUUAAAUAUUGGAAAGUCAUUGGUGUAUUCCACCUACUAUAUCAUUUGCUAUGUUCAUAGAAGAUCGCCGAUUAAAGAAUCUGUGUUGUGUCCUUGAUAAAUUAAAAUCCUGUAUAAUUCUUUGCUGUUUUAAAUUUAGUUUUAAAAAAUGCAAUAAAGUUAUUCUUGUUAGAUAA